AGAUCAUAUGGAUAAAGUUGUUAUAUAAAACAUUUCAGUUUCAAAAGUCAACAUUAACAACAAUAUUUACUGUUUAACAAUAAGAAUUUCAGGGGGAACCACGGGAGUGGUUUCUCUCGAAUUAAUCUUUUACUGUUUCGAAUCAGUUCAUUCAUUUCAAUAAACCUGUUGAACGAGACGAGUGACUUAAUAAUUACCCUUAUUUUUUAUUACCUUUAUUAUAAAAUCAAUUUUCAAGACAAAUACUAAUAUUUAUGACAUUAUUUAUAGCUUAAACAUUAAAAUAUUUAUUAUAUUUUCUGUUAAGCUAGAAAUGUGCGCGAAUCGGUUCAAACGAAUCACUUACAAGAGCCGCCUCAAACGAGUGAUUCGUUUUGCAAUCCUCAUAUGACAGCUGCCACCGGAGCGCGCAGGGUCAUUUAAGAUGAGACAGUUGAACAAAUAAGCUGCACAGUUUAUGACCAUUAUAAGAAAACCAAACACUUGAAAAAUGUAAAGAGGAACUUUUGACUUUCGAUUACCUUUAUGGUUACUUGACACACGUGAACCGGAUUCCUGUUCGCUGAAGAAGAUGAGGAUGAGAAUAAAGCAAGAAUGACAUCCCCUUUGCCCUCUUCAGUUUCGCCAUCAUGGUCCAACGUCACCAGCCAUCUGAACCCUAACAAGACGACGUGCGAUGAAAACGAAAGCUUCAAAUAUUUGGCGUACACCAUCACAUACAGCAUCGUUUUCCCCAUUGGAGUCAUCAGCAACUGUGUAGCUUUGUAUGUAUUCUGCUGUCUGACUUCAAAGAAGACGGCCAACACUGUAUUUAUGACUAACCUGGCCAUUUCCGAUGCUGGCUUUUCCUUGACAUUGCCCUUCCGUCUGGUUUAUUACUUCAGAGGCUGCCAGUGGGAUUUCCCGGACUGGCUUUGUCGCUGGUGCGUCUUUUCCUUUUACCUCAAUCUCUACACCAGCGUACUGUUUCUCACGGGACUAAGCGUGCUACGGUACAUCGCCGUAGUUCACCCCAUCAAAGCCAAGUCCCUGAUCACUGUACGUCGGGCAAGCCUGGCAUGUUUGGGCAUCUGGAUUUUUGUCUCCUGCUUGUCGUCACCUUUUCUCAUGUCAAGUACUAUAUGGCGUGAGGAAAAGUGGCGCUGCUUUGAGCCUGGAAAUGACAAAUCUUGGAUGCGCAUAUUUAUUUUGAACUACGUGGGGAUAUUUUUCGGAUUUUUGAUUCCUUUUAUUACAAUACUAGCCUGCUAUGGCUGCAUCAUGUGCAAGCUCAUCCUGGGAGGUAAAAUCGGCAAUAGAAAGCGGAACACCCGGCAACGUACGGUGUAUUUGAUCGCAGUCGUCCUGUGCACGUUCCUAGUGUGUUUUCUGCCUUAUCACGUAGCCCGAACGGUUCACCUUCAUGCCAGGGUGUCAGGGAAGUCCUGCGAGGUCAUUGAGAUGCUGCUAAGAGUUCUGGUCAUCUCGCUCUGCACGGCAGCGUCCAACAGUUGCUUCAAUCCUUUGCUGUACUACUUUGCAGGAGAGACCUUUCGUUCUACCAUUCGUAGAGGAUCAGAUAGGGGAACCAGUUCAUUACGCCACAGUAGCAACCAGUCUUUUCGAAUGAAGAUUUCUGACACCUGGGACAGUAUGAGGCGUAAAAACUACCAGUCGCCUUGCUCGUAAACAGCCGCUUUAAAACUAUCUGAACUGCGUCAAUUUGAUUUAAAGCAUUGAUGACUGACAAAGUUGACUACUCAUUAUAUAAUACAUCACCACAACAAUCAGCAGUCCUCGUAGGAAGCAAUCACAAAUUAGAUUUGAUCUCAAUUGCAUCUCCUAGACGGAGGAAGAAGACAAAUGGAAAUUCAAAACAAAUUUGCUGGAACUUUAACUCCAGUCAGUUUGAUAAAAGACAGGAAGACAAUGUAAUUGUACAUGAUUAUACUUUAGAUACGCUGUAUAUCAGCCCAUUCUCAUGAAAUGCGUAUAAAUAGCACGCAGUGGGUUAUAUUGUUUUUUUUUACAUCGCAUCCUAACCCAAACCCCAAUUCUAACCCCAACUCCAAGCGACCAUGGUUUAAAAAUAGUCAAAACAUGAAGAAACCUAUAUUAAAUGACACCCUAAGCAAAUCCCAAAUCUAACCCCAAACCCAAGUGAGAUGGUUUAAAAAAAGGAAAAACCAAUAAAUAAAAUGACACAAAGUGAACGGGAAGGAGUGGUGUGUCACAUGCAAGCAAAAUUGGUAUUUGGUGUUUGUAUUGCACAACUUUUCAACUGCGUGCGAUUUAUACGCAUUUUAUGAAAAUGGGUUGACAAGAUAGAAAAUUGUGACUGAAUUUUAUAUGCAAAUGUAUCAAUUGUCAACAUUAUGUUACUGAACGAUGUUAUUUAAACUUUUUCAUUGCAUAAUUAUUAAUUACCAAGUCUAUGCAUUUAUGAAGGUCUCUACAGGAUGAAUUUAACCAUUUUAUUACCUCCGACAAAUUAUUUUUCUUCUGUAUUGUUUAAACAAGUUGGGGUUAUGGGCUGUUUAUUGUGAAUCACUACUUAGCUCUCUGGUAUAGCCUAUACUGUAUACUACUGAUAUUUAUAAUAAUAAUAAUAUAGCAUGCAAGCAGUGUACAAUGAUUAAUAAUUGAUACUGUUAUGGUUUAUUGUUGUCACAUAAUGUAACAACAUUCCGUUUUUAUUGAAUCCAGUUAUAUUAGUUUAUUUGCAUUUUUGAGUUAAUGUAAAAAUGCCUUUCUUUACUGUCACAUCAAAUAAUGAGUCAUAAGAGAGAUGUUGAAAUAAUGUCUGACUUCUAUUUUUAUCACACUGAAAAAUCAAGUAAAGUGCAAUGCAUUAUGGGAAACAGUAUCUAAUGCAUUGUGCAAUGUAUACGGUGCAUGCAGAGAGAAAUUGUGCACAAUACCACUAAUAUGCAUUUUUAUUUAUAAAUUUUACAUGCAAAUCUCUCAAUGGAAUUAGUUUGUACAAAUGUAGACUACCUUCAAAAUAACUUAAGCUGCAUGGUGUGCAUAUUGUGCAUGAUUUCAAUAUGCGCACAAUAAUAGAUGACCUAUUACAUUUCCUCAUAUCUGUUUUUAAAUAAAGUCAGUGUUAGUCUGGGGCUCUAUUUAGAUGAGUUUAUCCCAAGAAACAGGAAAAGAUCUUCAAGAUAAGUACAAACAAACAGGAAAGAGAAAAGAAAUAUCCAAUUACCAAGGCACUUUUAUAUCUAGUUACUACUUAAGCAUUCUUGGCCAUAAUGGUUUUGGGAAAAAAAAUUACAUUCAGCUUUGAAAGUCUGAAUUAUUAAUGGCAUGGAUUUAACAUAUGUCUGGAAACAAUACCAAAGGCUUGGCUUUACACUGACAACAUUGUGCAUUUACUGCAGGAGCACAUUUGUUAAAGGGGACGAGACCAUUAUGGUGAUCUGUGUUUGCAUUUGCACUUAAAAAAACACCAAAAAAUUAAACAUUUUUGCUCACACUUACAAAAAGUCAAUUUCAACAUGCUAUUAUAGUUAAUUUAUGGGGUCUUUUGAGCUAAAACUUCACUUUUUACAUCUUAUAAAAGUCGUGUGGCAUGUCCCCUUUAAUGCUAUAGAGAUCUGCUGUUAAACCACAUCAUCUACAGUAACUUCACAGCUCUUUCCCAUUUUGAUGUUUUGUACGAACAACAAAGCGAUUUUGUAGCCUUAUGUGAACAGUUUCUGCCACCCGAUUGGCUGACAUUUGCAUUAACAAGCUGAUGUCCAGGUGUAACCAAUUAAAAAGCCCAA